AUGCCUUUUGAUGUUGCAGGUAAAAAGAAGAGCCUCCUCGAGAAAUUUGGUAACUGGUGUCCUGAAGUGGUUACACUAAUUCGAAAAACACCAGAGUCCAUGAUUUUACGGAGAGAUAUCUAUGAUAGAGACAUGAUGUACACCUGGGGAGCCGGGCGUGUUACUCUGCUAGGUGAUGCUGCUCAUCCAAUGCAGCCGAAUCUUGGCCAAGGGGGUUGCAUGGCAAUUGAGGACUGUUACCAACUUAUACAUGAGCUUGUUCAAGCUUCCGAAAGUGACUCAGAUGUUCAAAUAUCGGAAGAAAUUGUCUUGGCACUAAGAAGAUAUGCAAACAAAAGAUUGUGGCGUGUUGGCUUAGUGUUUGCAGCCAGCCGAUUUGCUUCAAAAAUGCUUGCCAGUUACAAACCUUACAUAGAGUUUAAAACUGGUCCUCUGGCUCAUCUCUUAACUCAGCAGAUAACGCACCCUGCAAUUCCUGUAUUUCGUGCAUUUCUGCAAAUUUGUUUGCCAAAAUUUUUGGCUUGGAUAACAGCAGGGCAUGGGUUAUGCCUCAAAAGAGAGAGAAACCAAUGCAAAGUGCAGGACAGAAAACAGCCUUAGAUGACUUCAAUUUUUUGUUUCAUUCCUAGUUAUGAGAAAUGCAUCAACUACUGUUCGAAAAAAUGUGAAAUGUUUUAAAGGAAGCAGGGUUUAAUUAAAAACAUCUGUCACUGAUCAUUAUAAAAAACGUACAGACUUUCCAACUCACAUCAAGUUCUGCGUGAAAGAGGAGUGCAUAGUGGAUGCGGAGAUGGAUGUAGGAAA